GAUUAUCGUCUAAUUUGGUCUCAUUAUAUUUGCUCAAUUAAUGUCUGAAAAAUUUUUGUUCCACAAAAACCCAAAGGAAAAUGAUGAUAAUAACAAUCAUCACUUAGCUAACAAAUGAAGAAAGUUUUACACAGAACGGUAAAGCAAAACUAACAAACACGAAGAACACAACACAACAUGCACCGUGGUUUCGAUCCUCUCCUGCGGGGCGGGUGGGUGGCGAGAAAAGUACGCAACGAUUGUGAGAAAUCAAGCUGUCCACUUUCGUUUGCCAGACAAGCGACGAUGGAGGAGGAAAGAAAAGGGGUGACAAAAAGGGGUUUUAGGAUGAAAGAAAACCUAUCCAGGCAAUACUGCUAGCAGCAGUACCUGGUAUACGCCGUAUGUACAUUGUUUGUUCAUCUUUACGGAAGGCACUAAUACCUCGUGAUACACUCGCGUCUCGACACGCUCAUACUCGGUUGAGUAGCGCUUUCUCGGCGCACAGGGCAAUGAAGGGGUGUUAACGCAUGCGCAGGUGUGCUUUACGUGGGCUGCAAUCGUAACUGAGGAGGAGGGUGAACACGUCGCCGCAUUUCGCGCGUGCUUUGUUUUCGCUUGAAGGUUUGCCGAUGACGUCUUCAAUUCAGCUUCUUCUUCUUUUUUUUUCCUAAUCGCGCUGGGAGAAAUCUCACGGAGAAAGUGUUUAGCGCUGAAGUAGGGUGUCUCUGAUGGGACGGUGAAUCUAUGUCACGGGGUCGUUUCUUUUUCUGGUUGUAUUGUGCGUGCCCUUGCUUCUCUUUCUUGGUUUUUCUUCCAUUCUCCACUUCUUUUUCUCCCACUCCCCCCACCCCUCCUCCAAACGGAGCCCCCAACUCCACUCAACCGGUCAAGCAGUCAUCUUCAUUCUUCUCGUCGGGCACGACUUCACCAGCGCAGUUUCACGGAGCAACGAGCAAUCGCCACACUCUUUAAGUACAGUUGGUUUUCUUGUUUAUCCUCCACACACACACACAUAUAUAUAUAUAUAUAUAUAUAUAGAUAUAUGAAGCAUGUCCGUUUCAUCGGAGCUGGUAGAGAAGCUGGCGCAGCACUACUUCCUCACCCCCACGCUCGUGCAGGAGGCGGCGCAACUCUUUGACGCGUACACCGACGGCGACACCAACACCGUGGGGGAGACGGAAGCGGCGGAGGCGACUGAAACUCGCAUCUCCGUGACGCGACUGCAACAGCUGCUCAUGGCGUUGGGUGCGCCGCUCUCCCAGCAGGACGUGGUGGAGAUUCUACAGCUCUUUAGCAGCUCCGCCUCCAGCGCGCUGCCGACGUCGAUCACAACAGACGCCGCAGCAACAUCUGGGUCAGGCAGCGGCGGACAUCGCCAGCCGUACGCGGCCUCCAGCACCGCCCUUCGCAAGGGCGACAAGAGCAGCAGCAACAGCAGCCAUCGCCACCACACGGAGGGGGACACACGUAGUCAGACGAACAAGCCGGCGCCGUCGUCGCGCCGCAUCACCUCCGCACCACCGACUUCUUCUUCUACAACGGCAGACGCGCACCUUCAAGAUGGCGGUGAUCCGCCGUCUUUGGAAGAGUCUGGUGUAAGCGCGUCCCCAACUGCGGGGCGGGAAGCUGCGGUGUCGAGAAAGGCAGAAGGUGCGCGAAAGGACGGCGCACAGCCUUCAACGACGGCGGUAAAUAUGCAUGGGAUGACGUUCCCGGCCUUUCUUUACUUUCUGCUGGUCUACCCCUCAUUGGUGCAGCACGUUGCUCAACACAUCGCCUCCUCUGCUGCAGCCGCCAACGCCGUCACCUCGGCCGUCGCAUCCGUGGAUGUGGCAGAGUUGUUUGCCCAGCUGGACAGCGACGGCGAUGGCGUGUGCAGCGCGCAGGACCUCCGACGGGCGGCCGAGCUCUGUGCGACGGACCACGAUGGGCUCUUGCUGGACGACCCAGAUCUGUGCCGACUGGCGGAGAUGCAUCCGGUGGAGCUGGAGGAGGCGAUACGCGAGUAUGAUUUGGACGGGGACGGGGUCGUGACGUUGAGCGACCUUCAGCGAGCGCUGCAGUAG